AAAGUGUACGGGACGCGAUAAUUGACGUUCGCAUUUGACAUAAGCAAAGUCAUCAUCGCCGCUUGGUUUGGAUUUUGCUUGCAACGUUACUAUUGGUGUUAUUUCGGUAGCUUUCAUCUAAAUCCUUUUCACAGAAUGUUCAGAAACCAGUAUGACAGUGAUGUCACAGUAUGGAGCCCUCAGGGGAGACUUCACCAGGUUGAAUACGCCAUGGAGGCAGUCAAACUUGGCUCGGCAACAAUUGGCUUGAAGAACAAAGAGUAUGCUGUACUUAUUGCUCUGAAAAGGGCAGUGAGUGAGUUAUCAGCUUACCAGAAAAAGAUCAUACCUAUCGAUGAUCAUAUUGGCAUCUCUAUAUCUGGACUUACUGCUGAUGCAAGGAUGUUGAGUCGUUUCAUGCGUACGGAAUGUUUAAAUCACCGUUACGCUCACGACGCACCAAUGCCUGUCGGACGUCUCAUCGCUCUUGUGGGCAACAAAAUGCAGAUCUGCACUCAAAGAUACGACAAACGUCCGCUCGGUGUUGGGCUCCUGGUAGCGGGAUAUGAU